CCCACUGGACUCUUGCUGAGGCCUUCUUUUAAUAUUCGGCAAGGGGGCCACCCAGGGACCCACAGGGAUUCUCAGGGCCUUUUGCCACUACCAGUACGGAGUACGGACCAACGGACUACAAGAGACCCCUUGUUCAUCAAAUCUCCGCUCCCAUUAUACUUACUGUAUUACAGUUGACGGAGAUGUCAUCACAGGAAAGCCUAAGCCCUGCGGUGUCCUCUAACGUCUUUGCGACUUUCGCCGAGGCCAAACAAACCCUGGACAGGAAGUUAGAGCAACACCAACCACUUCAUCCGGAAGAUGAUACCGCAAGCUUUUUGAGAAUAUUUCACAAAUACCUACCGCUACAAGGACAAGUCAACUUAGCAGAAGAUGUCGAGCGGUGUGCUGAUAAUGAAGAACUACGGCAGCUGGCUGAAAGCCUCGACACCGGCUUGCUGCGGCCUAUGCUAGCCCAUGGUGGCACCACGCCCGCCGUAACUCUAUCUCCUCGGCUUGGCGUCGAGGAUUCCAUUGAAGCUUUGCUCUCCGACGAUACCCAGACUGCUAGCAGAUCCGAACAACAACUACUACGCAACCACUGCCUGGAUAGGGACGGUUAUCAGUGUGUUGUGACAAAAGCUUGGAGUUCGGGGUACGACGAACGCCCCUCUGACUCAAUACAUGCUCCUUUAGAAGCUGCUCAUAUAAUCCCGUUCGCCUUGGGGGUCUUUCAAGAAAAUAGUGCAGACGAGCGAUACCGCCACGCAAUGAUUUGGGUCAACAUCAACCGAUACUUUCCUGACCUUCGCUCGCGUAUGGGAUUUUCUUCGGAAGAUAUCAACCAAGAAGAGAACGUCAUGAUGCUGGUUGAAGGACUCCACGGCCAAUUUGGCAGUUUCCACUUCGUUUUGGAAGCCACCCAGACCCCCCAUCGGUAUCGCGUCAAAACAUUUUCAAAGUUCGCCAGCCUGUAUUUGCGGUUUCUGCCACCUGAUGGGUUCGUUACAUUGACAAGCCAUGACGGGAGAUAUCCCCUCCCCAGCCCGAUUCUCCUUGCUGUCCAUGCGGCCAUCGGGAACAUUCUGAACCUAAGUGGCCGUGGAGACAAGAUUGAAGAGCUCAAGCGACAUUUAGGUGGCAUGGGUGGGGGACUCUCUAGGGAUGGAAGUACGAGGGUCGAAGACCUUCUCUCAGUGAGCAAGCUUUCAAUACUAUCUUCUGGUGCAAACCGACAGCCACACCCCUAUGAGAAGCAGCGACGCAUGCCCACAAUGUUCCCAGGCACCGAAAACCAAAUGCCAUCAAGUUAAGCUUGAGUCUGGACGGCGGUGGUUUAGCAAUCUUUCACCACUUUUCCAUUGCCUAAAGAUUUCUCACAUCUGCCCGUUGCAAGGGCACCACAUAGACCAUGGUCUGGACACCCUGCAUCAAUACCCCAAGAUCAAGCAUCAGCGGAAAUCUCGUUUUCAAUCGUUGUAUUUACUCAUACUGGUGCAUGGAUUGCUCCGUGAACAUGAAGAAACGUACAUCAUGGUGGAGACAAGAUAACAGGGCUAUAUAAGCCUAUGAUCCCUCGAUAUACCUACAAACAUACUACACGACGCCAAAGACAAG